AUGCCUCGUCGACCUACGAAUACCUCUACCAACGACCCUACAACCACCCACUCCUUGUCUUCUUCCGGAAAGGGCGGCAAACCCAAUCGCUUGACCCAAUUUUUCUCGACCUCUCCCAAGUCCAAGGCCGAGCCUCAGACGGCGCAAGCGGCCCUCCAGUCGGCGAGUGCGAAUCACCCGGCUGCUGUAACUCCACCCAUCAGCUCCGCAUCUCUAUCCUUACCUACAAUCUCUCUUUCUACGGCCACGGCGGAUAAUCCCAACAUGGACGAGCCGCCCACGACGCUCUUUCAGCCCCCCUCGCCAGAAGAGGCCCUUCGUCAAGCGAAACAACAUGCGCAGUUCGGUCCCAUCGGUCACCCGAGUCACCGGUAUUCCAGCCGACAUCCCGGUGGUGAUUUCCCCGAACCUAUCAUGGACGAACCCCCUUAUUAUUAUCUCCUCACCACCUAUAUCAGCUACCUAAUCCUAAUUGCCUUUGGACACGUCCGUGACUUCUUCGGCAAACGCUUCCGCGAAGAGAAUUAUCGGCAUCUCAAGCCCCGCAACGGUUACGGUGCCCUCAACAGCGACUUCGAUAAUUUCUACGUCCGUCGUCUCAAACUCCGCAUCAACGAUUGCUUCGAACGCCCUGUUACUGGUGUUCCCGGAAGAUACAUCACCCUGAUCGACCGCGCCACAGAUGACCACAACAGACAUUUCUAUUUCACUGGAACGACCACCGACACGUUGAACUUGAGCUCAUACAAUUACCUGGGGUUUGCUCAGUCGGAAGGUCCGUGCGCGGAUGACGCCGAGGACGCGAUCAGAAAGUAUGGCAUCACCUCUCCUAGCACUCGCGCCGAGACGGGAGGACAGGAUCUCCACACCGAGAUUGAGGAUCUGGUGGCCAGAUUUGUUGGCAAGGAAGCGUCAAUGGUCUUUUCGAUGGGAUUCGGUACCAACGCAAACGUGUUUCCGGCAUUGGUCAGCAAAGGCAGUCUUAUCAUCUCUGAUGAGCUCAACCACGCGUCUAUUCGGUUCGGAGCGCGUCUUACGGGUGCGUCGAUCACGAUGUUUAAGCAUAAUGAUAUGAAGGACCUAGAAGUCAAGCUUCGGGAAGCCAUCAGCCAGGGCCAGCCACGGACCCAUCGUCCCUGGAGGAACAUCCUCGUCGUGGUGGAAGGUCUCUACUCCAUGGAGGGCUCUAUGUGCAAUUUGCCUGGCUUGAUUACACUGAAGCGGCGCUAUAAGUUCCAUCUGUUCGUUGAUGAGGCCCACUCCAUCGGAGCUGUUGGCCCUCGUGGACGAGGUGUUUGCGAUUAUUUCGGCAUUGAUACGAGUGAAGUGGACAUUCUCAUGGGCACGCUCACCAAGUCUUUUGGCGCCAAUGGGGGUUAUAUUGCCGCCGACAAAAUGAUGAUCGACAAGCUCCGUGCUACCAACUCGGGUAUCUUUUAUGGUGAAGUUCCCGCUCCGGCUAUCCUGGCCCAAAUCUCCUCUGCGCUCCGUAUCAUCAACGGUGAGCUUCUUCCGGGUCAGGGCGAGGAACGGUUGCAGCGGUUGGCAUUCAACUCUCGGUAUCUCCGUUUGGGAUUGAAGCGUCUUGGCUUUAUUGUGUACGGUCACGACGAUUCGCCCAUCAUUCCUGUUCUUCUUUUCAACCCUGCCAAGAUGCCCGCCUUCUCUCAUGAGAUGCUGAAGCGGAAGAUCUCUGUUGUCGUCGUCGGAUAUCCGGCAACGCCUCUGGUGUCCUCCCGAGCACGGUUCUGCGUCUCCGCAUCCCACACCAAGGAAGAUCUUGAUCGGGUUUUGGCUGCCUGCGACGAGAUCGGCAAUGUACUGCAGCUCAAGUUUUCGACAGGCGUCGCGGGCGGUUCCCUUCCCUCCAGUGAAGAUGUGGCUCCGCCUCCAGAGAUGGAGAAGGAGUGGAAUCGGAGGCACAACUCGAAGAUCGUCCCUCCCCGGUGGCGCCUCGAAGACGUGAUCAGGCGUGGUGUCCAGGAUUCCACCUCGGGUCUGUCGAUCUUCUUCCUCGUGAUCUGGUGUCUUGGAGACGCGAGUAACCUCUUCGGUGCACUCCUUACUCGACAAGCGGGUUGGCAGGUGGUCAUCGCCACGUAUUACGUCCUUGUUGAUGUGACGCUGGUGUUUCAGUUUUUCUGGUAUACCCAUUAUAAGCACCGCAGUGUUCAUAUUCACGCAUACCGCUCCCCUCAUCACCAUGACGGGUCUGGGGAUGUUUUGGAGGGCGUCUCGUUCUCGGAUAACCGGUCCAUGGAGUACACCCCUUCCCCUGAAAUGGAGCGUCUCUCAGAUGCCAAGGACGUGAAAGGAAUCGAACAACCGAUUUCGGGUCCUCCAGCGGGCCAGUCACCGUCAUAUCCUACCGAGAAGCUUAGCUCCUCCCGCCGGUCAAUAACCCGGAAUAGCAGCGGCCCCAGUUUGCCGCUCGCUUCCACUCGUACAGUGUUGCUGGCGUCGAUGCUUUGUGCAGUGAUGGCGAAUGCUGCACCGACAGAAGUCUCUCCCACAGAGUCGUCGCGAGGAAGUCUCGAGAUCCUCGGGAGGAUUUUCUCCUGGAUGUCCACAGCUCUUUACCUUGGCUCCCGCCCUCCUCAACUAUACAAGAACUACCGCCGCCAGAGUACCUCAGGGCUCUCGCCUCUCCUCUUCACAGCCGCAUUCUGUGGGAAUUUUUUCUACUCUUCGUCAUUGUUGACCAACCCCAAUGCGUGGUACGAUUUCCCGCCGUAUGGAGGCGGCGGAUGGGCCGAUGCGGAUGGCAACGACCGCGUGGAAUGGGUCGGCCGUUCGAUUCCUUUUUUUCUGGGGGCCUUUGGCGUUCUUGGAUUGGAUGGUUUCAUGGGCGUCCAGUUCCUCAUGUACGGGACCAAGGAUGACGAGUCCAUGGUCGAGAUCGAGGAUCCCAAACGCGGACGAAGUCGCUGGACGCGAGUCCGUGGCUGGAUGAGGGGCUGGAUCCCCUCGGUGUCCCCGGAGCGGGAUCUCUCUGAUGACGAUAUUUCCGGGGAGAAUCGGGGGUUGCUGGAAGACGAGCGGGAGAGAUAUGGGACCGUCUGA